AAAGUUUCAAGAACAAUUAUUGAAACACCAACCCUUUAUUGUUGUUGUUAUUCAUAAGUUGACAAAUAGCAAUGCGAUCUUAAAAUGCAACAUCUCUUUACAAACAAACACCUAAAUAAAAGAAAAGAAACGCUUGAAACAAAAGCAAAGCAUUCCUUCUUUCUCACUCAAAAAGACACCAAAGCUAGUAGACUUUCAGCACAACAGCUUAAAUUAUCAUAAACCCCACCGCAACCUCUUACAAGAAGGAUGUGAAAGCAGGCUGUGGAGCUGUGAAAGCAAACAAAGAGAAACAAUGCCCCCAGAAGUGCCCCAUUAUCGAUCUUCUGUAACUCCUUUAGUACGGUUCUCUCCUUCUAUCUCACCUGAAGCCCAACUAAAUCAACUGUACAGACACAAGUAUUGGAGAGGAGAGAGAGGAGAGACAAAUAUGAACUUUGCCAGAAAGAAACUCAUCCCUUUUCUUGUUUUAAUCCUUUCAAUCAUUUCUGUACUCAGACUUAUUAGAGUAGCAAUAACUACAUCUUCUUCUUCUUCACAUCCAUUGCCUGCUUUACCUCCUCUUGGAGACUCAUGUUCCAAUCCUCCCUCAUGCACUAAAUUUCAAUCAGAGAGAAGUGCCUCCAUUAACGCCACCCGCCUGCGGAAAAAGGAAUACCAACUUCUGUCAAAUCUCAUUUCCCAGAGAGCCCCUUGCAACCUCCUCAUUUUUGGGCUGGAACCUCAGUAUCUAUCUCUCUCAUCAAUCAAUGCAGGCGGCACUACCAUCUUUCUGGAGGAUGACGUUAACAAGAUAAGCACCAUGACAACAGAUUCCAACACCACCAGAAUCUACAGGGUGGACUACGAGGUACCUGCAAAAGAGGCCUACAACCUGCUGAAGCAUGCAAGGGAAAACCCAGUCUGUGCACCUAGCUCAAAACAGCUUCAAGUAUCAAAAUGUCAGCUUGCGCUGAAAAAUUUGCCACAAGAAGUUUAUGAGCUUAAAUGGGAUGUGGUGGUGGUGGAUGGACCAAGCGGGAAUAGGCCAGAGGCACCAGGCAGGAUGGCAGCUAUAUAUACUGCAAGUAUGUUAGCAAGAAAUGGGAAUAUUACAGAUGUAGUAGUGCAUGAUGUGGAUCGAACAAUUGAGAAGUGGUUUUCCUGGGAAUUUCUGUGUGAUGAGAACUUGGUUUCUUCAAAAGGGAAACUAUGGAACUUUAGGAUCAUGGGUCACACAAAUUCUUCAAAAUUUUGCCUUCCCAAAGAAGUUACAAUAGUGUAAUUCUUGCUUUCAAGUUCUAUGUUUCCCCCCCCCCCCCCCCCCCCCAUCUGUAGAGACAAGCUUAUAUCAUUGUUGAGGUUUUCAAUAGUGCAACAAGAAAGGUAGAAGACCAGAUGCGAUGGCAGCUUUUUCAUGAAUGAGCUCAGCAUUUUUAUCACUGCCAUGAGUUAGAGGGGAAUUUCAAGUUAUUUCCAGAUAGAAAGACAGUUAUUUGAAGUUGUGGGAUUUGCAAAUAUAAGUAGAGUGGAGCUCCUAUCUAUUGAUAUAUACAGACCUAGUAGAAAAAGAUUUUCUCACUUCUUUUAUUUUAUUUAUAUGUAAAUAAGAACUAUUUUUUGUGCCUA